AAUUGUCAUUUGCUGUGAUAAGAAAAUGUUGUUCACACAAAACUUUGCCAACUGCUAUUCUUCUGCUAAUUUUUCUUAUCUCUUUCUGAAAUAUAGAGACAGAAGAAGUAAACAUGUAACAAUUUCAUAUGCAAAAAAGAGAGAAAUUUCUGAAAAUUCAACAGGCCAAGAAAACUCCAUUUUCUCUCUAAAAAUUCCCAGAAAGUUUCUUGCUCAAGCUGCUGUUGGAGUCUUUGCUCUAGGAUUCAUUGAUGCAGGGUAUAGUGGAGAUUGGUCAAGAAUUGGAGUGAUCUCAAAGGAGAGUGAAGAAUUGCUAAAAAUUGCAGCAUAUUUUGUAGUACCUUUAUGUUUAUAUUUUAUAUUUUCUAUCUCUAAUAAGAAAAUUGAGGAUUGAAAGCUUUC